UCGACUAUUUAUGGGUGUGGCGCAUCGUGCUAAGCAUUAGGAGUAUGCUGCGUAACUGUAACCACAUCAACCUGCGUGCAUUCGCAGGUUCGAAACCUGUGGGGGAUAAUCAUGUGCAAAAGGAUUGCUCGACUCCUCGCCACUGUAGGGUGGUUCACGUAACUGCUGGUUGGUUCCAUCAAGUCUAUGCUUCUGAAAACAAAUAACCAAUUAAUCCCUCAACCAACAUAGAAUGGUAACUGGACGAGAAGCCGUGGUUCGUCAUUUUGUUGAGUCAUCUCAUUGGCUUUCCUCUCUGUGAGAUAAAUAUGUAAAUCCUAUCCGUAUACAGAUGUCAAUUGAAUAGUAAAAUGGUUGUUAGCAUAUUUUCUAGUUCAAAUGUCGUCUUGACAAAUGAGCAUUUGAAUAAUGCCACAGUAAAGGAAGCCAUUCAGAACUGUUCUAAGCUAAUCUUUGUGGGAGUUAGAGAAAAUGGCACACCUUUGCCACACCUCAAAUGCGAGAAUGACAGCAUUAAUGGAAAACUGAUUAAGAUUGAAGCAAUCUCAUUGGUUGAUGCUGUUUUUAAACUCAAAAAAGCUCUUGAUGAGGCUCAAAUAUUGGACGCGGUUGCUUAUAUUCCUGAAGAAAAUGUUAAGGAGUGUACAGCAGUGAAAAAAUUGCUUUUUCCAGAAAAAUGCAAUGUUCGGUUCGAAGUUUUUCCGAUAAAUGGGGUCGUCGGUGCUUCUAUUGGCAAUGAAACUUUGGAUUUUGAAUCAGAGGUGAAAACAUAUUUAGAAAGUGUUCCUAGAAACGAGGAUCUCAAAACAGUCAAGUCAAAUAUGAUACCGGAUGAAAUAUUUGUCCAUGGAUAUUCUACUCGAUAUGGAGGUUGCUCAACAUGGCCGACAAUGGCUUCACUGAACUUAAGCUACAGUUUACGCAAGCCUGACUCUUUGCUUGUGGUAAAAGAAAAUGCUAGAAGGCUUUCUCAACAUUUGGGUUUCGCUCACGAAAAUUAUCAUCUCGCGAAAGCUAACCAUGGUAAAGAUAUAUGGGUGUAUGAAAAACGAGCGCCAAAUUCGUACGAUGGAAUUGCUACUCAAACACCGGGUGUCCUCGUUGCAUCACCAGCAGCGGAUUGCAACAUGCUCCUUCUAGCUGAUCCGGUGAAGAAAGCGUGCGGAGCGAUUCACGCUGGUUGGAAAGGAAUUUUAGUUGGAGUUGUGGAAUCCGCCGUAAACGCCAUGACUUCAAAUUAUAAUUCCGAGCCCAAAAAUAUCAUUGCCAGCUUGGGUCCUUCAUUGAGUGUGUGCUGUUGCGAGUUUGGAGUAGAAGAAUCGAAGAAGUUCCUCGCGAUCGGUGAAAACGUUGUCGUUUGGAAAAAGGGCAAAGAUAAGCCACAUUUAGAUUUAAGGCUUGCUGUGCGCAUUCUGCUUGAAAAAUCAGGUCUCAAACCAGAGAAUAUUGAUGAUGGGAUCCGAGGUUCGAAUCCAACUCAAGCUCUUGCGACUUGUACAAAAUGUGACCCAACGAAAACUUUCUUUUCAUACAGAAGAGAUGGACCAAUGUUUGGGAACUGUGUCGCUUUCAUUUCUUUGAAAUAAUAUUCCUAAUUAAAAUUUCCAGAAUGCAAAAAACAAUAGACUUUGCUAUCUGAUGCUUAUGAUAUGAUAUUUAUUGUCAUUUAUUAAUAAGUCAAUUCCACCAUAUAAGAACUUGCUUGUGCCAGUUAAAACCUGUAUAUUCCAGUUCAAACAAGAACUAACACGGAGGAAAGUUUUAUGUUUUUGAUAGAAUUUCUAAACUGUUUUCGCGAUUUAGUUUUCCAAUUUUCCAAAUCUUUUGUGUGUUCAUUGUUUUGUGUAAUCAAAUAAACUUAUACUUAAUAUUAUAAACUUGACAUGAAUAGGCAAUUUUGUUUGGGACGACAGUUUUUAUAUUUUAUUUGUUCCACAUUCUUUCUUCAAACAAGACUCUUUAUAUCCACCUAUAUGUAGGUAGUCAUUUUGAUUUGGGGGCAAUCUCAAUCCGUAUUUACUGACUUCUUUGCCUAAUCCAACGGUUCUCAACCAGUGGGCCAUGGCCCACUUCUGGACCACAGAAACUUUUUAGGGCAGCGGUUCCCAAACUAUGGGUCGCGAUACACUGGUGGGUUGCGUCCCAAUGGUGGUUCGCAAAAGGAAUCUUAGUGGGUCGUGAAAAGAUGUAGAAAGCUUUGAUUAAUUAUACUGGUUAUUAGGAUCAGUGGCAAAGCAAAUUUUGAAAUAAACUGCAACUUUUCAAUUUUUUACGUCUAAAACUAUCUGAAAUUGAAAUAAAUGUCAAGUCUAUUAUGGAAAAUAGCAAGAAACAAGAUCAUCUUUCUCACUAGCUUCACUGAAAAUUCAAUUUGAGAAAAUAAAUUUCUUUCCCCAAUCAAUGUUUUAUUAAUUUAUUAAAGUUAAAUGGGUCGCCAUAGGCUGUGGUAAAAAAUAGUGGGUCCCAACUCUAAAAAGUUGAAACCUAUUGAAAAUUGCUAUAGGUAUUAACGAAUUAGUUAAACUUUGAUUGUAGUAGCAAUGAAUGAUUUUGCUACUGAGUGGUAAUUCUUGUUUUAAUUAUUAAAUUGGAAGUGUCUAUCCUUUCUAAA